AUGCCGGAGUACUCGACUAACCCCAGCACCACCAAGGCCCGCCUUCGCAAGAUGAACCUCUCCGGCGCCAAGAAGGUGGAGGACGCCGCCCGCACGGCCGACUACAAGGCGAUGCUCUACGCUCGCAAGACCGUCCAGCAGAAGCCGUCGUACGCUAGUGCUUCUGACUCGGAGAAGUCGGCCAUGCUCGAGGAAGCCAUGAGAGACACGAUGGAGAAGCGCCGCGCCCGGGGCCAGGACACCAUGUCCAAGAUGGCGGCGUUCCGGGCCGGUACGUACCGCGACCGUGAGGGAGUCACCGGUCCGCAGACCCGCGUCCCAAUCUCCGCCUUCCUUCAGGACAACGGCUUCGUGCCCUCGCGCCCUAGCAGGGCCCCACAGCAGCGCGCCGCCACUGCCGGUCCCAGCAACUCGGGCCACCUUGCCAACGGCCUCCCGACCCCCGCCAAUGGCCAGGGCGUCAAGGCUUCCAUCACGCCCGGCCCGUUCGCCAUAAGUCCGGAGCCGAUGCUCGCGUCCAUGGAGGGAGACGGCAAUGAGUCGCUGGGCAGGCUCCAGAUCGAGGUGGGCCACCUGCGCACCAUCUGCCAGAACGCCAUGGCUGCCAACAGCAACAUCCGCGAGCUCGACCUGCGCAACGUCCAGGCGGGGAUGGGCAUCGAGAAGGGCCGCGUGGGAGACCUCGAGGUCAGAGUCAGCCAGCUGGAGGGAGUGGUGCACGCCCUGAACAACACGUCCCUGGGCAGCAUCGUGGACCGGGUCAACGAGCUGGAGGCCAUCGUGGAGGACCUCAAGAACAAGGUCGGAAGUGGCUGCGAUGCCGAGGUUGCGAAGAUGCGGGAGGUCAUGGGGGCUCUGAAGAGCGGCCUGGACAAGGUCGGUGGUUUCUAG